AUGAUGAAACAAAGGCAACGAAAAACAACCUCUCUUAAUGCAAACAAUAUUUAUGGAUGGGCAAUGUGUAAGCCUCUUCCUAUUAGAGGUUUCGAGUACAUGCCUGACUUUGACAACUGGAGAAAUAUUCCUUGCAUUCUUGAGGUAGAUCUUGAGCAUCCAAAAGAGCCUCAUGACUCGCUUAACGACUACCCACUUGCUCUCCAGGGGCUUAUGAUCAAUAAAGUUGAGAAGCUGGUUCUUAAUCUCAAUGACAAGGAGAAAUAUGUCAUUCAUCAUAAGAACCUCAAACAAUAUUUAUACCUUAGUUUGAGGAUCAAAAAUAUUCAUUGUGGAAUAAGCUUCAAAAAAGGUUUCUUUGAGCUGAUGAACAAUUCUGUUUUCGGAAAAACUAUGGAAAACAUCAGGAAUCGGGUGGAUGUGAGAUUAGUUAGCAAACGCAAGGAAGCACAGAGGCUUUCAGCAAAACCAAACUUCAAGCAACUGACCAUAUUCAAUGAAGAUCUCAUUGCAAUCCACAUGAAGCGAACUAAGCUAGUGUUCGAUAAACCGGUCUAUUGUGGAAUGAGCAUCUUCGAUAUCAGAAAAAGGUUGUUGUACGACUCUUACUACAACUAA